UCACUGCGCAUGUCCAUGGAGCUCCGCCUUGUUCAGCACAGAUAACAUCGUCUUCAUCACUGAGAAACUUGUCCCCUUCAUAAACUGUAUCGCGAUCUUUCUCUUUGGUACUCACCCAUCCUCAGUAUGGACUCCCAAAAAGAGGCCCUACAAAGGAUAAUCACCACACUGGCCAACAAAAAUGAAGAGCUCCAUAAUUUCAUUGACACCGUGAGCCACACACUCAAAGGCGUGCAGAAUAACUCUUCAAAAGUGAUUUCAGACCUCGAAGAAGAGUUUGAUAGUCUGUAUUCUGUAUUGGAUGAGAUGAAGGAGAGUAUGACCAACACAAUCAAACAGGAACAGGCAAGGAAAACACAAGAACUUCAGAAUCAGCUCACCCAAAGUACCAGUGCUUUGGAAAGCUCAGAAGAGCUGCUGGAGUUCGCCAACACAGCUCUGGACAUCAAAGAUUCUGAGGAGUUUGCAAAGGCUGCCAAACAGAUCAAGGAUAGAGUGACGAUGGCUCCGGCUUUCCGUUUGACAAUGAAGCCCAAAGCCACCGAUAACAUGACGCAUCUAAUGGCGGACUUCUCCCAGGAAAGACGGAUCAUCCAGGGCCUCAGGUUCCUGCCAGUUCCAAGAGCUCCUGAGAUUGAUGUUGCAGACUGUGUGGUUGCCGACAACUCGGUCACAGUAUGCUGGCGAAUGCCAGAGGAGGACAACAAGAUCGAUCACUACAUUUUGGAAUACAGGAAGACCAACCAUGAAGGGCUUCCCCGAGUCAAAGAUGAGCGAUGCUGGGAGGUGCUGGACAACAUCAGAAGCACAGAGUAUUCAUUAACGGGUUUAAAGUUUGACUCCAAGUACAUGAACUUCCGAGUGCGAGCCUGCAACAAAGCAGCAGCUGGAGAUCACUCUGACCCUGUCACACUGGAGACCAGGGCUUUUAACUUCAGCUUAGACUCUACCUGCUCACACCUCAACCUGAAGGUGGAAGACAGCUGUGUAGAGUGGGAUCCAGCAGGGGGCAAAGGCCAAGAAAGCAAAAUAAAGGGCAAGGAGAACAAGGGCAGCGGCCAUGUUACCAAUCUGAAGAACACGUCAAGAAGUGGUACCCCAUCUCCCAAACGGACAUCAACCACACGGCCGCCACCAGUUCGAGGAAGCAGAGAUCGUUUUACUGGGGAAUCGUACACCGUUUUGGGUGACAGCAGUAUAGAGUCUGGACAGCACUACUGGGAAGUGAAAGCUCAAAAGGACUGCAAGUCCUACAGUGUGGGUGUUGCCUACAGAAACCUGGGGAAGUUUGACCAGCUAGGCAAGACCAACACGUCUUGGUGUAUCCAUGUCAACAACUGGCUGCAGGCGACCUUUGCAGCCAAGCACAACAACAAGGCCAAGAGCCUGGAGGUAGCGGUGCCAGACCGAAUUGGAGUCUACUGCGAUUUUGAUGGAGGUCAGCUCUCCUUCUACAAUGCAGAUAGUAAGCAGUUACUUCACACAUUCAAAACGAAGUUCACCCAGUCCAUUGUACCAGCCUUCAUGGUGUGGUGCGGCGGGCUCACGGUGUCCACGGGCCUGCAGGUCCCGAGCGCAGUGAAGUGCUUUCAGAAGGCCGAGAACGGGCUGGGCGGCUCCGCCAGCAGCCUCAACAGUGUGCCCCAGUAGCCAGAGCAGCCGGAGAGUCUGUCGCUUCCUACGCGAGUGUGCUCUUCCCGAUGGCUCCCGAAGAGAAGACCCACGAUGAAUGAACCCAGGGAGGCCCUGAGGACUGGCCCAGAUCUGCUGCUGUCGAGGCCCGGCUGCCUUCGCUUCCAUCUCACUGAAACCUAUUAGGAGACUUUUAUUUGUUUUGGAAUUUUACUGGGAAUGCUAGAGACAUAAUCGGGGAACAGUUGAGUGCACCUCUUUGUUCCUGUUUAGUUUGAACACUGAUUUUAAGCCUAAAUGAUCAGGUGCAUUCUGGAAUAAGAUAAGCCUGUUCAGUUGCAAUGUUCACUGUGAGAACUGACACAUGGUGAAGUCUGAGGAUUUUUAGAAUUUUUUUGGGUGUAUGAAUAUAGGUGAGUAUGUGUGUGUGUGUUUGUUUGAGAGUGUGAAUCCUUUUGUAAUGAGACUAGGAAUCUUUCUUUCCUGGUCGUGUACUGAACACAAUUUUAGCACACCACGUAAAUAAUUACCUGCAUUACUGGCUGAGCUGCAUUGCAGUCUUUAUAUGUGAACUGGAAAAAUGUAAUCAAAAUGAUGGAAAAAUGCUUUACUUCUGUAUUUGAGAUUUAUAUAUUGUGCUGCUCUUAUGCACUUCUUUCUUAAAGUCUUUACUUUCCUCUGCCUCAAUUAUGUAGCUGAAGGAGACUAUACCUCCUCAGAGUGCAUGUGGGCCAUAAAAUUUGAUACUGAUGGGUUUUCCACAGUCGCUGUAAUCGUGGGUCAUGGGUUAUAAACAGUCUCUCAGAUCCUUCCUGUUCCUCUAUGAUUUUCACACGAUCCUGUAUUUGAAGUUCAGCAGAAAGUAUACCUAGGUAGACUCCUUCAAUCAUAGGCUGUAGUUACCCAACUGAUUCUUAAAUAUCUAAGGUUCUAAAGCAGUAUCCUCUGUGUGAAAAUAUUUUAUAAUUCCUGUACUUUUUCAGAUAUUAGUUCAAGAGGACCCAAAAGAACAUUAUAAUUCCAUACUGGUCUUUUUUUGCAGAAAAAAAGACCUACAUAGGUAAUGAUUAUGAUUUUGCUAUCUGCUGCCCCCAGGUGUGAACGCACAAGAACUGCAAUAGAAAUACUGCUUACAGGAGAUCAACAUAAGUGAAAAUAAAGCUCUCGGUAACAAAGUGAUCUCCCGUCCUUUCUUUCUGCUGUAGAGUUUAUACAGUUGAUUUUUUUGACAGACUUACAUGCAAGAAAGUAAAGGUAUUAAUAUAAAAUGACCAAUAAACCUAAGUGGUUUCAAGAAAUGGAGGUUCUUUCUCAGAGUCCCUUUUCUGUUGAAUUCUGAAAAAAUCAUCUGAAGAAUUCGGAGGUUCCCCAUAACCAUGUCGAAAUACCUAAUACUCUAGAUAAACAAACAAAUGUAUCUACAACUCUUAAAGGCAGAGCUGAGUCUUUCAGUGCACUAAAGCAUAAUGCAAGGAAAAAUGUGAAGCUUUGAACAUGAGCCAAAAAAACAACUGUUAACCUUUAAGCUGGGAUUAUCAAGUCAGCAUGUUUAAAAUAAACCUUUAAACAUGCACGAGUGAUCGACUCACUUCAUUAUACAGUAUACAUUUAUAAUGAUGUUGUAAUAGGCACGUUUUAACAGAUGGCCUAAGUAUUCUGAUGAUGAGAAUGGUAAUCUUCAAUAUUGCUUGGGGGCAGGGACUCCACUGGUCACUUCUCAAAACCUCUUCCUCAAUGUUUACACGUGUUGGUGGAGUUGUUUUCUUCCCUCUCACUUCAGGAAAUGAAUACUUGUAACACUGUGCAAGAAUGUUUAAAUCCAAUGAAGACCUGAGUAGAAUUUUUUUUCAAUUCUUAUUCUUAAUGCUGUACAGUGAUCUAUUGUAUAAAUAAAGUUCAAGUUUCUGUUUUAGUUUGAAAUUUUAA